AUGAGAGCGGUGCGAACGGAUGACGAAGGCACGUCUUCGGGCGGCCUGCUUCGGGCGGCGACUGACGAUGGGGCCAGUGCCUAUCGAGUCGACGGCGCACUGACGUCACACUGCGUCACGACGCCAGCGCCGCGACGCGCGCAUCUCGCUGCGCCCUCCUGCCCAGCCCGGCGGCUGCCCGCCCGCCCCACUCCUAACCUUUCACAACCGAUGACAACCGCCACCGAUCGACACCAUUUCCCUUGCCUAUCGCCUUAUCUAACUGUCAAAUCUAGCCCGAGUCGCGUUCAAAAGGACAUCUACUCGUCGAUAAUUAUAGUCAUCAAAACUCCUAAACACGUCUGCUACAUUCGUUACGAGGGUGAAAACCUUGAAGACUAA